CGAUGGUUGACAACAACAUGAAAGGUCGAUGGUGGAAUUUACAUACAUUGUAUGUCAAUAUUAUUUUUUAUUUUUGUGUAUAUGAUUCUGUAGAAAGUAUUCAAUAUGCCUACCCAUAUUCAUCGAAUUUUUUGGGCAUUAAGCGAAAUUAUCCUGGUCAUAUUGCCAAGAAGGAUUUUUCUGCAUAUAUGAAAGCUAUGAAUACGAAAAAUCCGGAGAGCUGGACUGGCAGAUGGCUUCCAGAAAGUUCACCAACAGAACUGCCUUCCACUACUGCCCUUCAUCCUGGAAACUUAAAUUCUUCUGUUCCUUUUGCACUAUCUUCUAAUUCUUCUAAAUCUGAGCAACAUUCUUUUUCAUCUCUAAAUCCAGAAAAUGUGACUACAUCUUCAACAGUUCUACAAAAGGAUCCUAUUACAAAUUUCUUGGCUUUACUGUCUUCCUUGGUUUCUGACACAACUCCUGAAUCCUGGAGUGGCAGAUGGUUACCAGAGAGUACCACUGCCAUAACUCCUCUUUCUGAUCAACUAAAAUCUGUACAAUAUGAUAAAGAAUCUGAACCUAGCAUAAAAUAUUCUUUGUCCACAAAACUAAGGAACGAUUCUUUAAUGUCUAGGCCAGAAGAGAGUUGGACUGGAAGGUGGUUGCCUGAGCGGAUAACUUCACGACCUAAUGUCCAGCAGCCAGCUUCUCAAGCAGCUCCAGUUAAUUCAAUGUGGCAGAUGAUAAAUUCUACAUGUGACGAUGGAAAGACAAACCUUACCGUGGAUUGGGAUGGAGACCCGGUGAACUACACAUGUUAUGACCCACACAAUUACUUCGAGCCUAAUCAUGAUCUCCCCAAUCUCAUUAUAAAAAGUGCUAUACCUAAAGCAUACAAAGCUAAGCAUGCUUGUAUGAAUACAAAACUGGAAUAUCCCACAGAUCUUCCUACCUUUGGAACACAUCGUCCAGCCUGGCCUAAAUAUGGUGAAUAUACGUUUCUUCCAAAGCAACGGUGGUUGCAUAAUCUUGAACAUGGUGCUGUUGUCAUGCUGUACCACCCUUGUGCUCACCCUGUGUUAGUGAACGAAUUGAAAGAGAUGGUAGCCUCUUGUCUCUAUCGCCACAUUAUUUCACCUUAUACAUUGUUACCUCCUGACAGGCCAAUGGCUUUGCUGACAUGGGGUUGGGCUAUGCUGUUGACCUCUCCAGACAAACGUGGAGUCAGGAACUUCAUCAGAGAGCACGCCCUCCGUGGUCCUGAAGCCACUUCGAAGAAUGGUCAAUUCAGUCAAGGUCUCAUCAUACCUGCAAAAAUUAUUACAGAUGUUGAUGAUAACAAUGAGCUUGGUCUUUGCCCUCAAACUCUCUUCUAGGCUGUGUAAUGACAGUAUAUUCAUUGUCGACUAACACUAUUUAUCAAAAUAAUUUAUUGAUAACAUAAUCAAACUUUUUUUUCCUUUGGCAACUUGUUCAAGUUGGUUCAAGGACUUGAAUAUUUUAUCAUCACCAGUUAAGUAUUUCUUUUUUAUUAGACUCAUAAGCAAUUGAAUGAUGAGAAUAGUUAUUUUUCUCCAAGGGAAUUUUUUUUUAUGUACUUAACAUUUGAUAUUGUCUUCCAAUGUUGUUUUUUAUCUGUACUUAAAGGUUGUAGUUAUUUUUAGAAUUCAAAAGUACUGUUAAAACAAUAAUUGAAUUAUUUAAAAAAAAAAUGGACAGAAUUUAAAUUGACAUUUAUAACCACCCCUUUUCUAUUUAAAUAAUUGUAAAAAUUAAUUUUUAAAUUAAAAAUAUCAUUUUUAAAAAGUAUUAGUUUUCUUUAAAGAGUUUAGACAUAAUAAUUUUAUAUUUUUGAAUUUAGUAUUCUAAAAUUUUUGUAUGAUAAUAUUUAAUGUCUUAUUUUACUUUGUAUUAUAGUCAAGACGAGGGUAAAUUAAGCAGUGAGUGAUCGAAGCACAAAGCUCCAGAAAAAAAAAAGAACCCCAGGUCAUGAAAUGUACUAACUUUUUACUAAGUUUUUGGAAAUGAUCAAAAAGGUUCAAAAUUUAUAAAAUAGUCGCACAAAUCUAAAAACUAAUUGUCAGAUUGAAUCAGAUACACUUAUUCUCAGAGUUUUCUUGUAAAUAUUUAGGGUAAGGAACAAAUUUUUACAACUUGUCCA